AUGGUGGAUAAUCUCGGGAAUAACGAAAGCACGGAGAGUUGUACGGACUCGGUUAUCAGCUGUCUGCCUCGAGAAGGAAUGGAAUUCGACUCCGAACAGGACGCUCACGAAUUCUACACUCAGUAUGGAUGGAAGACUGGAUUCAGUAUCCGAAGAGAGUAUGGGAAUAGAUCGAGGAAGACUGAUCAGAUAACGUCUAGAAAAUUCACUUGUUCUAAGGAGGGGUUUCGAGGCCCCGACAAACGGCAGGAAAAGGUAAGGCACCCGAAGAGUCCUCGUCCUGAGACCAGGACUGGUUGCCUUGCGCACAUGACCAUUAAGCUCAGCAAGACGAAUGGAAAAUAUCUGAUCUGCAGCUUCGAAGCUGAACACAAUCACCCUCUCCACAUCCCUCCGUGUCCUUACUUGAUACGGUCGAAUCCGAAAAUUUCGGAAGCACAGGGCUCGGAGGUUCUUUUAGCUAAUGAUUACAGCUUAUGCAAGCAAGACCACAGGAAUCACCUUUCCACUAAACGACAGCGAGACAUGAAGUAUGGAGAAGCUGGAAGCUUACUUAAGUACUUCCAAACUCAGUUGAUGGAAAAUCCUUCGUUCUAUUAUGCAGUGCAAUUAGAUGCAGAUGAAAAGAUAGCUAAUGUAUUUUGGACAGAUCCGAGAAUGAUAAUUAAUUAUUGUCAUUUUGGUGAUGUUGUCUCAUUCGAAACAAAGUUUCGGAGCAACAAAGAACUCCGUCCCUUUUCAUCAUUUGUGGGCUUUAAUCAUCAUAGAGAGACCAUCGUGUUUGGAGCAGCACUUUUGUAUGAUGAAACUACAGCGUCUUUCCAGUGGUUGUUUGAGACUUUCCUUGAGGCAAUGUCGGGCAAGAAACCCAAAACCAUGUUCACCGAUCAGGAUGAUGCCAUAUCAAAAGCAGUCUCUCUAGUUAUGCCAGAAACAUACCAUCAGUUUUGUAUUUCACACAUGAAACAAAAUGCUGGUAAAAAUCUUAGUCAGUUGUUUAAAGGUGACUUUGAUUUUAAGAAAGAAUUCAAAGCUUGUAUCAGUCAAUAUGAGGAAGUGGACGAGUUCCUACAUGCAUGGGAUGCAAUGCUUGAUAAGUAUAGCAUUCAUGACAACAGUUGGUUGCAAAAAAUAUUUGAAGUGAAAGAGAAAUGGGCCAGACCAUACAUAAAGUACAGCUUUUCAGCUGGAAUUAGGAGUUCAAAUUUGAGUGAGAGUUUGAACUCUAGCUUGAGAAACUAUCUCAAGUCUGAUAUGGACUUGGUGCAGUUUUUUAGGCAUUUUGAACGGGUGUUUAAUGAUAAUUGGUAUACGGAAUUGGAGUCCGAAUACAAUUCUAGGGAAAAGCUGCCGAAGUUUAAGAUUAAGGCUCCCAUGCUGAUGCAAACUGCAGUAAUUUACACCAAUAAUAUUUUUCAGUUGUUCCAGUCUGAGUAUGAGGAAUUCCAAUCGGCUUACAUCACAUACCGCAACGAGAGCGGCCCAACUCAUGAAUACUUGGUUGCAAUUUGUGAUCAACCCACAGUGUACAAAGUCAUUGGGGACCCUUUGGAGCAAAGUGUGUCAUGUACCUGCAGGAAGUUUGAGACACAUGGAUACUUAUGUAGCCAUGCUGUGAAAGUUCUUGAUGCUAUGGACAUCAAGUACCUGCCAAGCAAGUAUAUCUCAAGACGAUGGUCAAAGGAUGCAAGGGAUGAGAGCAUGAAGGACCAAGAUGGUAAGAAUAUCCAACUUACCACAAACAUGAAAGCUUCAAUGCAUUAUCGAUACUUGUGCCCCAAGUAUGUUAGGCUUGUUGCUCGAGCAUCAGAAUGUGAGGAAGCUUAUAAGUUUUUGGACAAAUGUUCAGCUGACUUGAGCAUGAAAGUUGAAGAAAUCAUACAAAAGGGAAAAGACAUAAACGAAGCUGCUUUUGAGACUUGUGAUCCUUUAUCUUUGUCAACUUCAUACCAAAAGGAUGAAUCAGUAAAAGAUUUUGAGAGUUCAGACAUUAUAAGAGCAAAAGGCCUUAAAAACUAA